GCACGAACUGAGGAGAUGUUGGUUCUCAGAUUGCAAAGGGAAAAGGAUGCUGAAAUUGCGCGCAAAUUUGCCACCCUGACGAAAGAAAACGACGCCAUAUUGGAAGAGCACAAGGCAGUUGUGGAAGCGCAGUUGCGGCAGGAAUUCGACGCCAAAUUCCGCCGGGAAAGGAGCAAAAUCCUGACGGAGUAUGCUCAACAUUGGGAGGACGCCUNAUUAAAUAUUGAAGCCCUGAGGAUCAGCAAUCCCAAAAGAAGCCUGGAAGUUUUAGAUCCUGCUCUUGCUGAUAAAUAUGUGGAUACAAUGGAAGAUUUCGAUGACACCCUCAAAGAUGGAAGCAUUGAAUUCCAUGAGAAGAACAACGUUGGGAACCAGACAUCAUUGGAUCUGUUGAUCAUUCAUCCUCAAGAUAAUCCAAGGGAUGAAGAAGUGAUUGUUGCAGUGGAGCUCCAAAAGCAACUUCAGGGUUGUCAAACUGAGCUUGACAUUUUAGAAAAGGAAAAUGCGACUUUGAUACAAGAGUACACUAAAUUGCGCACCAAGUUUUUGGCGUCUGAAGAAGGUAUUGAUUACCUCGUCCAGCGGUUGGAAGCCCUGAAAUCCAUCAUUGAAGACAAGGAAAAAAUGGUGAAGGACGUUGAAAGCAGUGUGGAGCAAAAGUCUGAGCAAAAGGCCAAGGAGCACACACUGAAGCUGAGAGCAGAGUUGCAGCAGACAUUUUCUGCUCGCAUCAAAGAGCUUGAGAAGGCGCUCUGUGAAAAGCAAAAUGAGUCCCUUGUCAAACAGGAGAAGCAACUGCACAAGCGGUUCUUGUGUCUCAAGAAGUCUUAUCGCGCAAAACUCGAACAAAAGGUGAAGAGUUUGAACAAGAAAUGGAUUGCUUUUGUAGCGAAGGAGAAGAAGCGGUUUGCUCGUGACCGCAAUUUUGCAUUGGCCAACAAGGAGAGAAAUCUUAGACAUGAUUUUCAAGCAAAGUUUGAUGCUGAAGUUCAGAAUAAUUCCAAACAAAUUUUGCCUUUGCAAAAGCAGCAGCUUCAGGAAGAGGCAAAUGCGAAAAUGCGGAACAUCCUCAACGGCGAACAAGGGAAGCUUGCGGAAGCUUUGAAUCAUCAAGCGCAACUUGCUGAUUUGCUGCAGCAUGAACACGAAAUGGCGAUGAAGAAAUUGCGAUCCGAUUUGGCGCAAGACUUUGAAGCUCGACUGAAGGCGACUCUGGAAACAGAGCGUCUCAAUAGUAAAACCACUCUGGUUGCGAGACUGCGAGAAGCUGCGAAAAACAGUCGGGAUGGCUUCAUGAACCAGUUGGAGCAAGACCUCAAGUGCAAGUUCCCUUCUCACCACCUUGCCACAUCUUUCAAGUACCUCAGUUUGAUUAAUUCUUCACCAGAGAAUGCCAGCAGCAAAGGCAUGUCAUUGCUGGAGAUCCUGAUAACUGUCAGGAAUUCCCAGUCAGGCUCUUGGCCCUUUGACAGGAAUUCCCCAAUUGAUGAAAUUGUUCACAUGGCCACUGAAAAUAUGGAGAAACAGUUUCCAGAGUCUGUUGUCAAACUCUCUGAAGAGGAGCAGAAGCGCAGGGAACGUGAAAGGCUGAGUCAUUUGGCAAAGACUAUUGGAGUGGAAGUGAACAAGAGAAUCACCAAAAAAUUAUUACAAGAGAAGGAAAAUAUGCGGGAGGAAUUGUUGGCUGAGUUCAAGCAGUCCAACCUGAAUCCUGGCAAUGGGAAGCUUCUGGACACCCUCAGGGAUUAUCUCCAGGCCAAGGUUGCUGAAAGAAUAUCUGCUGAGCAAGAUUCUUUUGAAAGACGUCUGGAAGCUGAAAAGAAUGCCUGGAAGAAGAAGACCUGCGCA